UUCACUGAAGUGGCUAACAGGCUGCACAGAAGUGACAGCUGAACAAGCUGAGAGACUGUAUUAAAGAACGAAUAUAGCUGGGGUGGGGAGCGGGCGUCUGUGGUCCCAGCUACUCCGGAGGCUGAGGUGAGAGGAUCGACUGAGCCCUAAAGGCGGAGGCUGCAGUGGGUCGACAUCGCGCCGCUGCACUACAGACUGGCCGACAGAGAGAGACUGUCGACAACAACAACAAAAUGAACAAAGAGAUUCUACAAAGAGCUAGCUGGGAUUGAAAUAAACGACACGCUACUACGACCCAGUGCGUGAACCGUAUCCACCCCGCAAUGUGCGACAAUAGCCUCAAGACCCCUACAGAGACAGCAGGAAACACCUGAGAGAACCUGAAUUAUCAGAACAAUGACAGAUGUGUUUCCAGGAAAGCAGCUCCCCGCUACUUCCCUAAACUUAUCUGCAGAUUUACUUUCCAAGGUUACAAACACGGGAAGAGCACUGUAUUUUCAUGAAGCGGAAAAUGUGUUUUCCAAUCGCCAGCUAUUAAGAGCCUAACUGGUGAAACGCUCUGAGGGAAACAGGAAACUGCCAACACACUUUUGCACGAACCUCCUGGAGAGUUGUGUGCACAGACACUUCCUGGGCAGAUGCUUAAUUGUAACAGAGUCCAUAACGAGGUUUAGGGCUUCUACCGGCUGAACGAGUUCUACGUUCUUUUUCACAGAAAGGUUUAAGUUUUUUUCCCCUCUGGCGGACGGAGUGAACUUCCUUCCAUCAAGAACUGAGUUCCCGCGAACGUCCGACUCUGGUACCCGCCAGCCUAUAACCUGACGAAAAGCGGAGCCUCUCGCGGCGCAUGCCGGGAAGAUCGCGAGAACCUCCUGCCCAAUUGCGAUCCCGCGCCAGGAGGCGGGGCCGAAGAGGAGGAAGUCGGGCCGAACAGGAGGAAGUCUCGCUGAAGCACUCCCGCCCCAGUCGUGUGCCCUUCCUCGCGAGAACGCCGAGCAUUCCGGCCGGGGAAGCGCAUGUAGAAGCGGAGGUGGGGUUCAUUGGACUCGUCGGCCGCCGUAGCCCCUGCUAGGACAGCCCGUGCGAGCUUGCUGGAGGAGGAAAAGAAAGGCAGAGAGAGUCGGGUUACAAGAUGGCGGAUCUGUAGUAGUUACUGCGGCGGCGCCGGCGGCGGUGGGAGAGCGAGCGAGCCCUGGGGGGCAAAGGGACGGGAGGGUGGGUGUAUGCGGGGGUGAAGUGAGAGGUAACAGGGCAUCCGGGCGGAGGGGUCUCAGUGGCUCUUGUCACCCCUUCUCGCGGCUGAACCUCUGGAGCCAUGGUGAAUUCGGGCCUCUCCGGAGCCGCCGCCGCCACUACUGCCUCUACCGUCUCUCAAGAGUGAGGGGCACGGACGAGGUGAGCGAGGAGGCGGCGGCUGGAGCAGCGGAGACGGCAGCCACCAUGUCGGAUACGCGGCGGCGAGUGAAGGUCUAUACCCUGAACGAAGACCGGCAAUGGGACGACCGAGGCACCGGGCACGUCUCCUCCACUUACGUGGAGGAGCUCAAGGGAAUGUCGCUGCUGGUUCGGGCAGAGUCCGACGGAUCACUACUCUUGGAAUCAAAGAUAAAUCCAAAUACUGCAUAUCAGAAACAACAGGAUACAUUAAUUGUUUGGUCAGAAGCAGAGAACUAUGAUUUGGCUCUGAGUUUUCAGGAAAAAGCUGGCUGUGAUGAGAUCUGGGAAAAAAUAUGUCAGGUUCAAGGUAAAGACCCAUCAGUGGAAGUCACACAGGACCUCAUUGAUGAAUCCGAAGAAGAACGAUUUGAAGAAAUGCCUGAAACUAGUCAUCUGAUUGACCUGCCCACAUGUGAACUCAAUAAACUUGAAGAGAUUGCUGACUUAGUUACCUCAGUGCUCUCCUCUCCUAUCCGUAGGGAAAAGCUGGCUCUCGCCUUGGAAAAUGAAGGCUAUAUUAAAAAACUAUUGCAGCUGUUCCAAGCUUGUGAGAACCUAGAAAACACUGAAGGCUUACACCAUUUGUAUGAAAUUAUUAGAGGAAUCUUAUUCCUAAAUAAAGCAACUCUUUUUGAGGUAAUGUUUUCUGACGAGUGUAUCAUGGAUGUCGUGGGAUGCCUUGAAUAUGACCCUGCUUUGGCUCAGCCAAAAAGACAUAGAGAAUUCUUGACCAAAACUGCAAAGUUUAAGGAAGUUAUACCAAUAACAGACUCUGAACUAAGGCAAAAAAUACAUCAGACUUACAGGGUACAGUACAUUCAGGACAUCAUUUUGCCCACACCAUCUGUUUUUGAAGAGAACUUUCUUUCUACUCUCACGUCUUUUAUUUUCUUCAACAAAGUUGAGAUAGUCAGCAUGUUGCAGGAAGAUGAGAAGUUUUUGUCUGAAGUUUUUGCACAAUUAACAGAUGAGGCUACAGAUGAUGAUAAACGGCGUGAAUUGGUUAAUUUUUUCAAGGAAUUUUGUGCGUUUUCUCAGACAUUACAACCUCAAAACAGGGAUGCAUUUUUCAAAACUUUGGCAAAAUUGGGAAUUCUUCCUGCUCUUGAAAUUGUAAUGGGCAUGGAUGAUUUGCAAGUCAGAUCAGCUGCUACAGAUAUAUUUUCUUAUCUAGUAGAAUUUAGUCCAUCUAUGGUCCGAGAGUUUGUAAUGCAAGAAGCUCAGCAGAGUGAUGACGAUAUUCUUCUUAUUAAUGUGGUAAUUGAACAAAUGAUCUGUGAUACUGAUCCUGAGCUAGGAGGCGCUGUUCAGUUAAUGGGACUUCUUCGAACUUUAAUUGAUCCAGAGAACAUGAUGGCCACAACUAAUAAAACUGAAAAAAGUGAAUUUCUAAAUUUUUUCUACAACCAUUGUAUGCAUGUUCUCACGGCACCACUUUUGACCAAUACUUCAGAAGACAAAUGUGAAAAGGAUUUUUUUUUAAAACAUUACAGAUAUAGUUGGAGUUUCGUAUGUACCCCUUCACAUUCCCAUUCCCAUUCUACCCCCUCUUCCUCCAUCUCUCAAGAUAAUAUAGUUGGAUCAAACAAAAACAACACAAUUUGUCCUGAUAAUUAUCAAACAGCACAGCUACUUGCCUUAAUUUUAGAGUUACUCACAUUUUGUGUGGAACAUCACACAUAUCACAUAAAAAACUAUAUUAUGAACAAGGACUUGCUAAGAAGAGUCUUGGUCUUGAUGAAUUCAAAGCACACUUUUCUGGCCUUGUGUGCUCUUCGCUUUAUGAGGCGGAUAAUUGGACUUAAAGAUGAAUUUUAUAAUCGUUACAUCACCAAGGGAAAUCUUUUUGAGCCAGUUAUAAAUGCACUUCUGGAUAAUGGAACUCGGUACAAUCUGUUGAAUUCAGCUGUUAUUGAGUUGUUUGAAUUUAUAAGAGUGGAAGAUAUCAAGUCUCUUACUGCACAUAUAGUUGAAAACUUCUAUAAAGCACUUGAAUCGAUUGAGUAUGUUCAGACAUUCAAAGGAUUGAAGACUAAAUAUGAGCAAGAAAAAGACAGACAAAAUCAGAAACUGAACAGUGUACCAUCUAUAUUGCGUAGUAACAGAUUUCGCAGAGAUGCAAAAGCCUUGGAAGAGGAUGAAGAAAUGUGGUUUAAUGAAGAUGAAGAAGAGGAAGGAAAAGCAGUUGUGGCACCAGUGGAAAAAUCUAAACCAGAAGAUGAUUUUCCAGAUAAUUAUGAAAAGUUUAUGGAGACUAAAAAAGCAAAAGAAAGUGAAGACAAGGAAAACCUUCCGAAAAGGACAUCUCCUGGUGGCUUUAAAUUUACUUUCUCCCACUCUGCCAGUGCUGCUAAUGGAACAAACAGUAAAUCUGUAGUAGCUCAGACACCACCAGCAACUUCUAAUGGAUCCUCCUCCAAAACUACAAACUUGGCUACAUCAGUAACAGCCACCAAGGGAAGUUUGGUUGGUUUAGUGGAUUAUCCAGAUGAUGAAGAGGAAGAUGAAGAAGAAGAAACAUCCCCCAGGAAAAGACCUCGUCUUGGCUCAUAAAGUAUUUGGGGACCCUCAACAUGUGGUCUUAAAAUGCUGCAACUGUUCAAUGAGCUGAAAAUCUGAAAAUCAGAAAGCUCUCUCACUUGACCUUAUAAAAAUAUACAAGGAGUAGCAAAAGACACUCAGUAUAUCAGCUAAGAGAGUUUAGUUCUAUUAAGAAAACAGGCUUCCCAGGAACUUGAUUGCUUGCUAGUAAUUAAGGGAUUUGCCUUUUAUGCUGUCAAAACAAAGUUAGUAACCAGAACCUGGAAGAUAGCUUCUCAGCAAGGAAAAGUCACAGGUUUGGGGAGAGUUUAGGGGAGGGAAAAAGGUUGAUAUAAUAAUGCAGGGUUGCUCUUUGGGGUAUCAAUCUAGAAACAAUUACAGAACUUCAGUUGUAAACUCAAUAACAUAAUGUUAUAAUGGUGCUGGCCAUGUUAUUUUAGGGUUGCCUCUUUUUAAAAGAAAUUUUUAUGGAAAACACAUUCAAUUAUCAUUUAAAAAAUUUUGGGACCAUUUAUUUGAAGAUUUAACAAAAACUCAGCCUUUUAGGUAGUUGAAGGGAAGUACACCCUGUAUUCGGCACAUGUUGAGUCACAGCAGGAAUUUUCUGUACAUAUGUUGAUGAAAACAAGCUGGAUUCAAAAUGGACAGUUUUUUAAAGAUAAUUUUAAAGAAAAUGAUCUUCUCUAGAAAUUUGAGAGUGGAUAAAACAGAAUGUUUUCAACUGCCGACCAGUACAAUCUUUUGGGGAAGAUACUUUGAAAUCACUUUCUGCUUUGUUAGUAAGGUUGUCUCUCUUUCCAGAGCUACAGCAACUUUUAAAGUGUUGUUUAUACAGACCAACAAAGAAUAGUGCUGAAUUAAUUGGCAUUUAAUAUCUAGAAGCCAUUUUGAUCCAAGCAGCUACUUAAGUGUCAAAGUCAGCAUGCAGCACAUGAAGCUUCUCCAUAAACAAGGGUGUGAUAUGAAAGCUGCUUUUUAAAAAAAAAUAAAAGCACAUUCCAUGUAUCUAAAUGAAUUUUAAAAAUAAAUCGAGGCAAACCGUUAAGAAGUUUUAUUUUUAGAGCAGCAAGUUAACUGUAAAUAUUUUAAUGUUAGUUUGCUCAUCUAUGAUCUGAGAUCAUGCCGAAGUGAGAAAAAUGUCCCCAAAAUACAAUUUAAUGCAUUGGGAAAAAAAAUUUUAAUAGUAAUUCCAGCCACAAUCUUUAGAUCACCCUUGUAAUGUGUUAUGGGUCCAUUUUUCCUGGAAUAGCUUAAACUAAAGCAGUUUCCCCUGUUUUGGAGAUUUUGUAGUUAAUUUUAAUUUUGGCUAUUGUUUGGAAAAGAUGAGCUGUCUGUGUAGAUAUGAAGUAUAGUUUUUUCCAUAAAACAGAUGUUUAUUUUGUAUUAAAAAUACCACUGUACUUGUUUUACACCAUUUGUAUACAUGUGGUGAUAUUAAUGCUAAACUGUAAAAUUCAGGAAUUAAAAUGUGACCCUGUAAUUCCA